UCGGUUUGGGCCCUGCAACUCCCACCGUUUAUAUUUCCCGCGUCUCCCUUGGUGAAACCCUGGAGCUUCAAACAGGAAGAAGAAGAUGACGGUGACUAACAACGGCAUCCAAUACGCCGUUCAGAUCAUCACCAAACACUUCGGCAAACCCGUCGCUAAAGUAUGCGAAACCCUUCUGAAAUCCGGACCACUAAACCUGGCUGCCUUAAUCCGAUCGACGGCGCUCACUCCCCAGCAAGUCAAGAACUCUCUCCUGAUUCUGGUUCAGCACAAUUGUGUCCAGCCCUUUACCCAAGAGUCCAAGGCUGGGCUUAAAGUUCAGUACAUUGCGGUGUACGAUAACAUACUCCAUCGCCUUAGGUUUGCGAAAUUUCUGGCGGUUGUGGCCCAGCAGCUUGAUGAUGAUUGCAAACAACUUCUUGCUGGUUUACUCGAGCAUGGUAGACUUACACAGCAACAAUUAAUGGACAGAGCCAAUCAGAAAUCCAAAUCAAAUAGCAGUCAAGUUCAGAAUGCUGCUCAAGAUAACUUUGUUAGACUUGUGACUGCCCGUUUUGUUGAACGCUGCCCGGCCCCUGAACCACUUCUUGAAGAAGCACCUGAACAAGAACGUCCAAAGAAGCCACGCACUAAACCUGCUAAGAUGGUUCAAGUAUCAGAGACCAUAGAACAACGUGUUCUAGCAGCAGCAAGGCCUAUGGAAGCAAUAAGAUUCUUAAUUAUGACAGAUGCAGAAACUGAUGAUCCGUCACAAAAAAGUGAGAAUAAUUCCUCUAGUAUGAGUGUUGGGGAGAAGCGCAAGUUUGAUGAUUUGGAUAUUGGUGAAGAACAUGGGUCUAAUGAUAAGGAAGUGAUUCUUUGGCGUGCUAAUUUUGAGCAGUUCAUUCGUUGUCUAAGGCAUAAGGCUUAUGUUGAGAAUGUUAGAGCACGACAUGAUGAUGAAACUGCAGUUAAGUCAACAGCAAUGCUGAAGGCAACUAGAACUGCAGAGACCAAAGUGAAAACAGAUUAUUCAGGAGCAUAUGAGGAUGAGGGUGAGGGUGAGGAUGGGGAUGUGCCAUAUAGCGUUGACUCGAAGGAAAUUAUAGAACUGCUUCAAAAUGAUGAGGUGGAGUUGAUUGUUUUGAAAAGAUAUGGAAAGGAGGCUCAUAGAAUAUUUAGGUUACUGACAAACCAGUCAAACGCUGGUCAGUUUUUUGAGACAGAUAUGAUAUCAAAAGAGGCCUUUGUUGACAAAAACGAAGCACCUAAUAUUCUUUAUAAGCUCUGGAAGGAUGACUACGUUCAUAUGGAGAAAUUAUCAUUGACAACAGCUAAACAGUCACAAGUCAUGGUGUGGAAAGUACACAAGCCCAUUGUUUGGGAACAUGUUUUAGAUGAGAUGUACCAUGCGGCGUACAAUUUGGUUAAGCGAUAUGAUCAUGAGAGGGAAGAGAAUAAGGAGGUUACAAAUACCCCGAAGGAGAAACGCGUGGGUGAAUUAGAGAAAAAAGCCAACCGGUUUCUAGGUGUCAGGAAAAUCAUGGCAUUAUCCCUCAUGAAGCUUGAUGAUGCUCUCAUGCUCUUCCAUGACUUCUGAUUCAGGAAUUAUGACCGCAAUAUUAUUGCCACUUCUUCAUAUAAACAGAGGGACAAGAUCGUUUCUCAAUCAAUAUAUUAAUCUCAUUUGUUUUCUCAACCGAGCAAAGGGCUCUUUGAUACUCUUUUAGUUUUAUGGACUGUUUUCAAUAUUCGUAACAUGGAUAAAAUUUCAUAAACGGGGGUGUAAGCAUG